AUGGCCUUUUCAGGGUUUCGGGGUGACGUUUUCCAGGUGCGUGGCGGCCGUGACCCCGUCUUCUCUGAGGCCAUCAACCAGAAUAUGCGUGUCCCGGACCGGCUGAGAGUGGGGCCAGGCAUGGGACAGGGAGGGGAAGAGGCAAGGCAGGGGCGUGCUGAGCGUUCCGCUUCCUACAGCAUGCACAUCCCAGACAGGUUGUCUCUCACAGGUGGGUGCAUGGCAGGUCUGGAGGUAGGCCUAUUGAUGAAGACAAAACGGGAGGCAUUUUAUGUGGCUUAAGUUAGAAGUAGAGUUGGAAUAGAACGGAGACGGGUCAGAAGAACUCCUUUAGCCACUUUACAAUGCUGGUCAUGAAAGCUCUUUAGAUUUUCUCAAGAUUUGAGAUUCGGAGCAGUCAUGGGAUCUGUGUGUGAGUUCCUAUCAUAUCUCAGUGUUCUGAUAUCUUUGACUUACUAAUAGAUGCCCCGGACAUGAGCCCCCGUCCACUGUUCACGCCAUCCAAGCACAACUCAGCCCUCCCCCUGGGGCCUGCAUGGGAGGCACAGCAGCAAGGUGCCUGGGACAGAGACCCCUACAUGAGGGAACCAGUGCAGGUAUGUGAGACUGCAGACUGGACUUUAUCUUCGGGAAUACGUUGUCUGACAAUAAUUGGAUCAGUGACUGCAUGUGACUGAUGCAUGCAGUGUCAAGCCAUUGCUCUCAGUAUCAUUUUUCAAAGUGUUCAGAGUCAUGCUUAGGGAGAGCUGUUUAAUUGAUUCAAUAUGCAUGCACCACCUGCAUUGAAACAUUCCAAGCAGCGUCCAUCUGGUCCUACCCUCACCAUCUAACUUAUAUUACUCUUUCUCUUUCCUGUGACAGAGUCCCCUGCGGAGGUCCUACAGCGACCAGGCUUUUGGCAGGAGCGACCCUGGCACCCCCACCUCCAAACAGGCACAGCACACCCCCACCUUGUAAGUACAAGACACAUUGGAUUAAACACUUCUUAAAUCCUUUGGUGAAGCCUAUGAUUGUCACCAUAGCAAUCCAGCUCUUUCCUUGGACCAGCGAGGGGGUUACAUGUCUAACGCUUUCUCAGAAGCUGAGAAAAAAAAAGCUCCCAAAACACAUAUGGUGCUGAAUGUUUUCAGAACACAUUACUUUAAAACAUAACUUUGUUGGUUUUUGUCACCUUGUGUAUGAAACAACUUGGCCGUAUGUAAGCAUAGUAGCAUUACUUUUACCCUUGUUCAGUCUUUCAACACAAAGCUUGCCUGCCCGUUCAAGCCUGGAACCUUUCAGAAAGACACAAAGGAAAAGUUGCAUUGUCGGCUUGGGACACUAAAUUCUAUUGACUUUGCGCUGCCUCAGGCCCAUACAGCUAUGUCCUCCGCCUUUUGAGCUGUUUCCAGCAGAGGGAGACAAACAUUGGUUCCUCUGAUCUCUAGCCUCUCCUUACGUGUAGGUUAUAUUCGAGGCAACGUGAAGCCAGGCAGACAGUCAAAGUAAUGUGAGUCAGUUGAAGUUAUGUGGCUUGUCACUAUGCUUGGUAACAGUUGUGCCCCUCUCGGUCUAACCUCUGUCUUUUUUGGUGACCCUAUCCAACCCCUCCCUCGUGCCUGUUAUAGUGGUGCAGGACGCCCCCCUCAAUGCUCCUCUGCUGCAAACCCCCUGCCCAUGCCCCUGGGGCUCCCUGCCAUCCCACCCAGCCUCCUGUCCCCAACGACCAUGCUACAGGCCGCCAAGGAACUGGGCCAGCAGGCCUCACAGCGCCUCCUGCAGACUGUCGCUCAGAAAUACAGGUUAGGUGCUAGGGGCAAAUUCUACCUUCUCCGUCAUGAGUGACCCCUGCCUACCCACUCCUAAAUCUUAACAAAUGGCACCUAACCUCCUUCCAUUCCUUCCUUGCUUGGGCUUGCAUGUCUGUCCUUACACUACUAAUUCAAAUGUUCUCUGCCAGGCUUUUGCUUCAAGAUAUAGAUUCUGUCUCAAAGCCUUUGCUUCGAGAUAAGGAUAAAUUAUUUUCUUCAUGAUCACUUCCAUUACUCACAACUUCUGCUGAAUCAUAGUGUUAAUCAAUUGCUGACUAACCUUUUACCUUGAUGAACUGUCCCGAAGCACUCUAAACUCUGCUUGUCACUUCUCCCUGCUUUGCUCUUGCUUCGUGUAGAAGUUGCCAGUAGGCACAGAUAUUGGAUCAGCUCACCCUCCCCUAAUCCUAACCUUUACAGACAACAAUGGAAAACUGACCUUAGAUCAGCAUCCAUGGGGCAACUUCAUCCUACUACUGCUUUAUGCUGGCUUCGUUGUCCUCUGGUUGCUUUUUCCUCUUUCUGGAUCCCUCCCUGUUGUUCCUCUGCCUUGUGUUGAAGGCCCCUUUGUAGACUGUGAUCUCUCCCUGGUUUAAAGGUUCAGCUAUCCUGAACACCCAACAACUGCUGUGGUCGAAGCAACCCCUGCAUACGUCAAACCAGCCAGGAAAAGGUGACAUGUUCUGGCACACCAUUUCCUGUUAUUGGGCGUGUUCCUGGGGUUCGAAGAAACACUAAUUUCAGAAGCCUAAAGCAUUUAAGUGUGGUGUGUGCACAUGCUCCAUUUACAUGUAUCCCUGUGUGUGUGGUUGGCAGUGCCAUGCAGGACACCUGGAUGAGCCCAGAUGAUGAGGGAAGUGCAGCAGCUGUGGAGUUCGUCGUACUCAGGAGACAAGUAAGCAGGCUAAUUACCCCUUUACUGUUAGUGUGGCCUUACUCUGGUUCUGUCUAUGCUGCCAGGUUGUGUAGCCAGUGUUUAACCAGUAGAUGGAGCCAGAAGCCAUAUCUUAUAUAUUUUCUUCUGGCCAUUGUUGAGUCACUAAUAUUGCUUGUGUUAUGGAGACUUGUAUGUUGUAUUUAUGGAAGUUGUCCUUUCUCAAACACAAGCCUUCUCAGGCUCAGAAAUCGAGACCAUCUUUACACUACGACAAAUGCUGUGUAAAAAUAACCGGUUACUUACAGUAUAACAGAUCAGCACCUUUCUCUCUCGUGUCCAGGUGGUGAAGAUGAGUCGUCGUCUGGCGGGUCUGGAGAGGCAGAACGCUGAAUGCAGACAGACGGAGCUGGUGCUCUUCUCCCUGCUCCUUUCUGCCUGCCUGCUCAACGGAUGGCUCUGGAUACGCAGAUAACAGACACACGUCGUUCAAACAGUCCACUCAUCUGCACUACAACCCUAAGUCCACUCCAACUAAGUCCACUCCAACAAGCUACUUUGCUCAACUCUGCAUUACACAUCCACUCAGCUGGGUAUUCCAGUGCACUUAUUUACACACACAUGUUGGUGUUAGAUGCUGAGCACCUAUCGUUUAAAAUGACAUCUCUUCCCUCAUCUCCUUUCUUUCAAGGCCAGGGGAGGAAAGGAAGCUGUUUGGACCACUGUUAAGUAGGGAACGUUUUUACAUGUGGCCUUAUUUUCACUCUUUCUGUUCUUCUAGUUGAUUCCCAAACCUUUUUAAAAUAUUUUGUUUCCUUACAGAGAAAAUUGGUUGUCAUCACUUGCCAUUGACUAUAAUGCAAUAUCCAAAUAUGUCUAAAGCAUAUUAGAAAACUCUAAAACACUCCACAUUACAUAAGAAUCCCAUUCUGAAUGAUAUCUCUUUACUCAAUUUAGUUUUUCAAAAGUCCACUGUGCCAUAAAUCCAUGUUUGAAUGGUUCUGUUUACUACAACAAUAUGGAUUUAUUAGGACAGUGGAAUAAAUAAAUAAAAAUUGAGAGCAGAAACAUAAUUUAGAUUUUGAUGUGAUAUGUGACAGCCAAUUUAAUCUAACGAAACAAAACUAUAUAUUAAAAAUAAAACAGUUUGGGGGAUCAACUACAAGCACAGAAAGUGAAAAUAAGGCCACAUGUAAAAAUCUGUGAACUUCCCCUUUAAGUAGGGCCUUAGGACUGAGGAUAGAAUGAGAGUGUUGAAGAGUUAGAGGUGUGCAUAAGUCACAAAAAUGGACUAAAUGUAUUGUCAAGGUGGAGGCCGGCCAAUUUCAACAUAGUCAGGGAUUGAUCCAUGUCAUGUUUGCAUAAAGUUUUGGCCGUCUCUGUGACCUGGACAGCUAGUGUUUACCACGGCUGGAGGAGGUGAUAGGAAAUGAUGGUGUUACUGCUACAUUCUGGUGGCUAAGUUGGAUAAUCAGAUUCACAUCAUAGGUCUGUCAAAACACAACUUGUACAAACGUUUAACAUUUCAAUGUAGUUGGUAGUCUCUUCCCACAGUUGGUAACUGGUUUUAAGUAUCUAGUAUACUAUUAUGGCAUGAUUUACUUGGAACUCUUCAGACCUAAAGUGUAAUCAGUUGCAGACAGUACAUAGGUAAAGGUCCUUCUGUAAGACCUACACUAUAUAUACAAAAGUAUGU